AGAUUGAACCAGGAAUUCGGCGACAGACGCAACUUCGCAGCACCCAUCCAGAGAUUGAACGAGGAACCUAGGGUUUCCCGCUGCACUUUGAGGCUGUUAUCGGCGCUGAAGCCGCUGGUGGUUUCCAGGUUCGCCACCGCCUGAAGUCCAAUACCACCGCUGCGCUGAAGUCCCAUCGGCGCGGAAGUCCAACGCCACCACCGCCGCGCUGAAGUCCUGGUACGGUCGGACAACACAGUACCGCGACCAGGUCUACUCAAAAUCGUCGUGUAGAAACUGAACUUUGGUUAUCAGUAGAUUGUGUUAGCGGUGAUGAUGCAUCACAUGAUCCUUGGACAAUUGCGAGGAGCUGCACAGAAACUUCUAUGGCAACCCAAGGCGCUUUUAACCACGACUAGGAAUUACAUUUCUGUAAUGCGAAGAGAAGCAUUUGAGGGAAACCUAACUAGAUUACUCCGGAAUGAGAUCCAAUACGAAAUUGACAGGUCCCCUCCGUCCAAGCCUGUCUCUAAAUAUGGAUCAUUUAUGAUUGAUGAACGGCCGGGAGAGCAAUGGACUAGACUUGAAAGGAAAUUUGGAGAGAAUGAAGAGAUCAAAAUUGAUGUAACCAUGUUUGAUGGAUUUGUUCCAGUGAACAAAGGAGGCGAUGCUUCAAAAGAACAUGAAGUGUAUCUUCAUGCUACAAUGGUUAUUGAUAUCUUUAAGGGAGAAGGCAAUGGUGUGCUAGAGUUUGUUUGCUUUGCAUGGCCUAACAGCGUUGAGAUCCGUAAAGUUAUAAUGCACGGGCAUGGUCCAGCUGCAUCUCCGAUUUACACCGGCCCCCACUUUAAGGAACUAGAUGAUAAGCUGCAAGAUGAACUCUAUAAUUUUCUAGAGACAAGGGGAAUCGAUGAUGAUAUGGGUGAGUUCUUACAUCAGUACAUAAGGAACAAAGCCAAAAUUGAGUACAUCCGUUGGAUGGGAAAGGCAAAAUCUUUCAUAGAAAUGAAAUAGGGAAGGUAAAUAUUUGCAUUCCCAUAUGCUUAUUUUUGAUAGGGAAAACCGUACACAUCCGGUCUUCUAAAAUCACGCACGGAGUAGAAACAAAGCCGAUGAAAGCAAUGUCCCCAAAUUUUCUUCGUGUGCUGAGAAUCAUCAAUCUUAGCUUUUCCGAAAUUUGUUGAGGACUUCUGAACCCCGGAAUUGAUCAACUAUUUAGUUGUCUUAGUUGCUAUAUCUUUCAACACUCUAUCAUCAUAUUGCAUCUAUGUUUUUCAUAACUAUGGAAGAGGCCAUGCAUGGAGUGUUGAAUGUGAACAUAAACUGAUAGAAGGCAG